CUCUCCCUCUCUCCCCUCCCCGACGCCCACCAGAUCCGCACCCACCGCCGCCCCCACCGCUCCUCGCUCCGCCGCCUCCUCUCCUCGCCGGCCGUCUCCGCGGCCUGCCUCCUCUUCGGCCUUGCCGUGUUCCUCGCCGCCGCGGUCUCCCUCUCCCGGGCGCCCGCCGAGGCCCCGCGGGGCCGCUGCCCGGACUCCUCGCACCCGCUCUCCGUCUUCGUCGCCUGGGACCGGCGCCCCGGGGAUGCCGCGGGCGGCGCCACCGACCUCCCGGCGGGCCUCGCCACCGGAUCGCGCGGCAGGCACAAGGUCAUGGCCUUCGUCGGGAUCUUCACCGGGUUCGGCUCCGUCGGCCGCCGCCACGCGCUCAGGUUGGAGGAAGCUACUGGUCUGGCAUUCAGAUUUGUGAUCGGCAAAAGCAAUGACAAGUCUAAGAUGGCAGCUCUUGAAAGAGAGGUUGAAGAAUAUGAUGAUUUUGUGCUUUUAGAUCUUGAGGAGGAGUAUAGCAGGCUUCCAUACAAAACGUGA